UACGCAGGUGCUUGUAGUUAGUCUUACUAGUAGCUUGAGCAAACAAAACCAUUUGCUGAUCACUCCAUCUAGUCAAACUCACCAGACUCCAGUCUUCCGCCGCCACAGAAGCAAUCACCAUGGCGGUGCAACCUCACUUCCUUCUGUUAACCUAUCCCGCACAAGGCCACAUAAAUCCUGCCCUCCAAUUCGCCAAGGGUCUGACACGUAUUGGUGCUCUCGUCACCCUUGUUACCUCUCUCUCUGCCGGCCGCCGCAUGUCCAAAACUUUGUUUCCUGACGGUUUGUCAUUCGUUACCUUUUCAGAUGGAUAUGACGACGGGUUUAAACCUGAAGAUGACAGAGAUCAUUUCACGUCUGAGCUCAAACGUCGAGGCUCACAGACUCUCAAUGAGCUUAUCGUAGAUAGUGCAAAAGAAGGAAAGCCCGUCACUUGUUUGGUUUACACGAUGCUUCUACAUUGGGCAUCUGAGGUGGCACGCGCACAGCAUCUCCCAGCAGCACUUCUUUGGAUCCAGCCUGCAACUGUCUUUGACAUCUAUUACUAUUACUUCAAUGGUUAUGGUGAUAUCUUCAAUAAUUGCAAGGACACUUCGUAUGCUAUUGAAUUACCAGGGCUCCCACCACUUGCUAGCCGUGACCUUCCCUCGUUUGUACUUCCUUCAAAUACUUAUACUUUUGCACUCCAGAUGUUUCAAGAGCAGCUGGAGCAGCUCAGCCAAGAAACCAACCCAAAAGUGCUUGUCAACUCUUUCGAUGCAUUGGAAUUGGGAGCUAUGAAUGCCACUGAAAAGUUCAACUUGAUUGGAAUCGGGCCAUUGAUCCCAUCUGCUUUCUUGGAUGGAAAAGAUCCGUUGGAUAAAUCCUUUGGAGGGGAUAUUUUCCACGGCUCCGAGGAUUACACUGAAUGGUUGAACUCAAAGACUAAAUCAUCAGUUGUUUAUGUAUCUUUUGGGAGCAUUUUGGUGUUAUCGAAGCGACAAAUUGAGGAGAUUGCUCGUGGAUUGGUAGAUAGUGGUCUUACAUUCCUGUGGGUCAUAAGGGAUGAACAGAAGAAGAACGAAGUGAAAGAAGAAGAAGAAGAAGAAGAAGAGGAUCAUCUGAGGGCCUGUAGAGAGGCGAUAUUGGAAAGGCAAGGGAUGAUAGUGCCAUGGUGUUGUCAAGUGGAGGUUUUGUCCCAUCCUUCGAUAGGAUGUUUUGUGACACACUGUGGGUGGAACUCAACUCUGGAGAGCUUGGUUUGUGAGGUUCCAGUUGUGGCAUUUCCUCACUGGACAGAUCAAGGAACAAAUGCCAAGCUGAUUGCAGACGUGUGGAAGACAGGAGUGAGGGUGGUGGCUAACGAAGAAGGGAUAGUCGAAGGCGAUGAGAUUAAGAGGUGCUUGGAUCUGGUUAUGGCACAUGGAAAGACGGGAGAAGACAUCAGAAAGAACGCCAAGAAAUGGAAAGAUCUAGCAAGAGAUGCUGUCAAGGAAGGAGGUUCCUCGGAUAAGAAUCUAAAGGCUUUUGUGCAGGAUGUUGGCGAGGGCUGUUUCUAGCUUGCCAGUGCCCUUCAGGCCACCAUAAGCACCAUCUUGGAUGGGUCCUUUCUAAUUCUGCUGCCAUCAAUUCGAUGAUUACGUCGUGAAUUUGAGAUGAUGUGAUUGUUUUGAGACAGACAAAAAACAGUUGUAAGAAAGAGAUACGUCUCUUAUGUCUUAAACAAUAAAAAUUCACUUGUUUUAAUAA